UACACUAUUUUAACCUAAUAGAAAUAGUAUAAUUAGCUCAAUAUUUAAAUAGUGACUUAAUUUUCGACCGGUAAUGAAUACGAAAUAGUAAAGGUACCAAAUCAAAAGCUGAUGGGUGAUUUCUUUUAGAAUGACCAUUUAAUAAGUGAUCUCGAAACCAUGGGCACCGGAUUAAACGUAUUAGCUUUAGUUCUGGUGUUUUAUAUUGUCCCCGAACAAAGCUACAGUAAAAGUAAUAAUUUAUGAAAAUUUAUAUUAUUAUUAUUAUACUUUUCCCAGUAAUCAAAUAGUUGUGUUGCUUAGAAUGCUUCCAGACUACCAACUUGUGUAAUUGUAGUUUUAGUUCACGUUAUUUAGGUUUAGGCAUACCAAUUUGGUUUCAUUUUUUGUUGGCAUUCCAACUAAAUAAUAAUUGACUUAUUUUCUGUUUCCUGCUAAAUUAUGUUUUGUAAUUGAAAAAUAAUCACAUUGAUAACUGUCAAAAUGACCAAAUCGAUUACGGACCUAUAAAAAUAAUAUAUAUAAUUAUUAUGUUUCAAUUGAAUUGGUUUAGUGCAAUGUUGUCUAAGCUAGUUACAUGUCUUUUCUGCAUCGCAGUCCUCAUCUUCAUUUCUGACUUAAAUGAUGCAGUCGUCUUCAAGUUUACAAAUUUUGUCUGCAAAAGUCACAAUCAAUCGUGGUUUGUGUUCCAUUAUUGUCGUCUUAAGGCUAUCAGUCGUGAUAGGGUCCUCCUCAACGUGAACGGAACUGUUCUCUACCCGGCGUAUGAUAUACAGGUUCAUGCGAAGAUUUUUAAAAAGGCAAGCGGAUUUAAGCCUUGGUUACUGGACGCAAAUAUCGACGGCUGUCGGUAUAUGCGAAAAAACUACAAUCCCUUUUUAGGCAUAGUCUUCAGUCUGUUCCAAGAUUUCUCCAAUAUAAACCACACAUGCCCAUAUGUUGGUCUACAAACUGUGAAGGAUUUUUAUCUGAGGCCAGAUAGAUUGAAGUUGCCGUUUCCAUCCGGAGAGUACAUGUUAUCUCUACAGUGGUUCUUUGACAAGAAACCUCAAUUCGAUACAAACGUUACAUUUACUUAUAUGGAGGACCUGCUUAAGAGAAAUUAACAUAGGUUUUUUUCACAAAUAAAAAAAUUAUUUUGAAUUUAAAUGUUAUAGAAAAAUAACACAGUUAACUUGUAUCUUUACAUCCGUUACAAGUAAAGUAAAGGGUUAUAUUGUAUU